CACCAUCAUACACUCCCCCAUUCAGGUAUGGUCCCCUCAUUCAUUCAGGUACGGUCCCCUCACUCAUUCAGGUAUGGUCCCCUCACUCAUUCAGGUAUGGUCCCCUCACUCAUUCAGGUAUGGUCCCCUCAUUCAGGUAUGCUAUCUUCAUUCAGGUAUGGUCCCCUCAUUCAGGUAUGGUCCCCUCAUUCAUUCAGGUACGGUCCCCUCACUCAUUCAGGUAUGGUCCCCUCAUUCAGGUAUGCUAUCUUCAUUCAGGUAUGCUACCUUCAUUCAGGCAUGCUAUUUUCAUGCAGGUGUAUGGUCUUGUGGAUGUUAGUUUAGUUUCCACUGCCAAU